AUGGACUGCAAUGUGCUGCGCCACAACUGUCUGUAUUCGGCCCCCAAGAAACAAGACGAGCGAAAAACCGCCGUAUGGGAGGCCUUCACCGCCAAGUUGGUUAAGGCGGAAAAAGAGGGACUCUCUGUUACGGGGCUGGGGCAGCUCCGGAAGCCGCUCCGAGACCUCAUCGAUGUCUUUCGUUUGAAGAUGUGCGGAGAACCGCCUAUCGAGGUGUAG